AUGAAACGUGAAUUCUUCAUUUGUGUUACCUUUUUUUUUGUGCUUUUACAUUAUAUUUCUUGCAAUAAACCACCACGUAGUCUAUCUGUGAAAUCUAAUAAAGAUAAAGAUGAAUUGAACAAUAUAAAAGAAAAAUUGAAUUCCAUAAAUAAUUCUAUAAAAGAUAAAGUUCUUGAAAAUUUUAAAGAAGAUAUUGAAUUAUUAAAAAAAAAAGUAGAUUAUUUGGAAAAGCGGAAAUGUGAUAACACCGCGGAGAAUAUGCAACAAAAAGGUGAUGAUGAUGAAGAAGAUCCAAAUGAAGAUGACGAAGAACAAGAUGAAGUAGAAGUGGAACAAAAAGGAAUAGAGGAUAAACAAAAAGAAUCACAGGAUGAACAAAACGAAAUAGAGGAUGAACAAAAAGACAUUGUCGGAGAAGAGUCUGAAGAAUAUUCUGAUAAUGAAGAAGAAGAAGAUGUAGGACAAAAUGAGGAAAAUAACGAUAAUGAAGUAAAUGAAUUAAAUGAAGUAAAUGAAUUAAAUGAAGUAAGUGAAGAAAAUGAAGAUAAUGGAGAACUAGACGUUCCUGAUGAUGAAUUUGUAGAACAAAGUACAAAUGAAAAUGUAAGAAAUAGCAUGAUAAGAAAUUCUUAUAAAGAUAUAAAAUCUCCUGCUCAAAACAGUUCAACCAAACUUGAAAACACACCAACGAAAUUAUCUACACAAAACACAAAAUCAAAUCCAACUUCUAACCAAUUAAUAACUCAAAUUCAAGGCGAAGAAUCAACUUCAAAAGUAGAUAAUAAUAAAAAUAAUACAAAUGAAGUUAAAUAUAUGUAUAAACGUUGUGAUGACGUUCUUACUGAAUUAAAAGAAAAGGAUAAUGUAGAUAAUAAUAUAAAUCACAGUAAAUAUAAUAAUUUCAAAAAGGAAUUUUCUAAUUUUACUAUGAAUCAAAAUGAAUAUGAUUUAAUAAAAAAGUUGAUUAUUACCUUUUCUCAAAAAAAUGUAGAAAUGAAACGAGAUUCUUUAAAAGAAAUUUUUUUAAAAGCUUUGGAUGAUAAAAAAUACCGUGAAGUAUUUAAAAAUUUUAUGUAUGGUUUAUGUAGUUAUGCAAAACGUCAUAAUUAUUUAGAUAUUGAAAAAAUGGAAAAAAAUGAAAAAGCCUAUAAAAAAGUAUUUGAAAACACGCUUAACUUAAUAGAUACUAUAUGA